CAAGCGUAAAGUUAACAACACGCUUUCGAUUGUAUUAUUAAUUAUUAACACGCGACGACGAAUUUUUUUUUUAAAUAUUAAUUUUUUAAUUUAAAACGAAUAUAAGUUUUUUUAUUUAACGAACGAAACCUCUCCAAAAAGAUAAUAUUUAAACGGAUUUUAAAAACGAUUUCAGAAAAAAGCAAAAGAACUUAAGCAUAAGUUAACAAGCAAACAAAAUUUCGGGAAACAAAAAUUUGAAAACUAAUCAAUCGCAAAUAAAUAAACAACGUUAUCGAAGAUUAACAAUAGAAAUCGAAACGCGUUAAUAAGUGUAAAUACCAUUAAACAAUUAAUUAAAGUUUAAUUAUUGACAAAACUAAUUGUUUUCAUUUAUUUAAAUUAAAAGUGGAUUGCAUGGCAGGAACAGCAAUUUUCAAGAAACAAAACAACAACAACAAAAAGGCUAAUUUGAAUAUAACUUUACACUCUACACCAGCUAGCAUAUGUUGUUGUUUAUGGCUCCAACAACCACAAGUUGUCGAGUCAAACAACAAUAAGUGCAACACUAACGUCAAGUCUAUGCAACAUAAUAAACACAACUACUGCCCAAACAGUAGUUGUAAUACAACUGAUGACAGAAUUUUAACAAAUUAUAAUUACAACUUACAAAAAACAGUGAAACAACAUCAAAAACAACAACAACAGCAGUCAACAAAACAACGCCCCUUAACACUUAGUGUUGCAGUAAUAAUAAUGUCGUUAACUAUUUUAUUAAUACAAAUGCCAACAAUGGUCGAGAGUAAAUCGUUUUAUGUAGAAUCUGCAGCAUCCUCAUCAUCAGCUGAUGAUAUAGCACAAUCAGUAGCUGAAACAUCCGCUGAAUUAGAAUCAAAAUUAUUAUUAUCAAUGUAUAACGAAGCACAAACUAGUGAACAAGAUAUAUCCCCGCAGACACAUGAAUCGUCAGCAGCCAACUCUUUAUCAUUGGAUGAAUUGACUGCUGUGGAAGUUUUAAGACACAUACAGCGCAGCCAACAACAUCAAAGAGAACGUAGAAUGCGUUUGCGCAAACGUCAUGCUAGAGAUUUAAUUAUAAGCAAAUAUUUGGAUGAGAAAAAUGGCCAGCAGUUGGAGUGGAAAAAUCCCUGUAAUAUUGAUCGUGUAGAUAUGGGAGCUGAACAGCCACAAAUUAAUAAACAACUAAUGUAUCAGGUUUUAAAGAAAUUCGAACGUGAUGUAUUGAUUGAAUUUGAAAUUAUCAAUGCCACUACCAAUACCAUUUCGAUCAGUGAUAUGGAACAGUGGGAUCUUCAUCAAGACAUGUAUAAAUUUUUGCCUAAGCUAAAAGCCAAUGGAAAUAUCGCUUUAAGUCGUUGGUAUCGCAAUAUGCAAGUAUAUGUGGCCUCAUUUGGUCAUUUGGCUCGUUUGCAAUACAAAUACGACAUGAAAAAACGCAUGUUUGCCGGAGAUAUCUCGGAAGAAUUAAAUGCUUUACUCAAAAGUGCCCGUUUUAUGUUAUGUGAACUGGAGAGCACUAUUAAUGGUUCUGCUCCCAAUAAUAAUCUCAAGAAACUUAAGACUAUUAGCCGUAAAGCCAUGAAUGAUCGUUUGAAUUUUGAGACUAGACAUCAUUUAAGCAAUGGUCAUAUUGUGGAACCCUCUUCCAAAGAUUUAAAAUUUGCCAAAUCCUCUUACUUCCAAUUUUUAUUAAAUAUGCAUAAAAUUUUAAAUCAUAAGCUACAAAAUAAGGGUAAAAGAUAUGGCCUCACCGACAGUACGGAGGAUAAUUUCUCUAAUACCAUCAUAGUGGGUGAUGACAAUAGUAGUUUGGAUACUAAUGCCAUUUUCAAAAGUGAUUCCAGCCUUAGUGUGGGUGAAAGUAUUGAAAUUCUCUUCAAAACCUCCACCACCACCAAGAAACCUCAGACUCACCGACGUCGCACUCACAAAAGGAAAAGUGCUAAAUUACCAGAAGCUUAAAUACCCACAAUACCAAGCUUCUCCACCCCACAACAAGUUCCUAAAACAGCUAAAUUCUACAGCAGCUUUCCUUAAAAGUAUCAAAAAAAAGUAUCCUGCUGUAAAAAUGUACUUAAUUUUAAACAAAGUCUAAGCCAGGUGCUCCUUUCAAUCUUAUUGAUGCCAUAUUUCUCUUUACUAAAGAUUGUUUGGAUCAUCAUUUGCUUAUUCAUUAGCAUAAAUCUCUUUUAUAGUUUUAAGUUUUUUUUUAUGAAAUUUUUCCAAUUCUUCCACUUUCAUCUCAUUUCACUAAGCAUCUAUUUAUUUAUUUAUUACCAUUCCAUUUUAUGCUAAAUUAUUUAUUGAAAAAAAAAAAAAUCAUUCCAUUUCAUUUGCCAGUUUGUCAAACUAGUAUUAAGAACAAACGAUUACUGUGAUCAAUAUUAGAUUAUACUUUUUAGAAUUUUUUAAUUUAUUUAUUUAUUAUAAUGUUUAACAAAAAAACGAAGUAUUAAUUAAACGAACAAAUUAUAUAUGUAUGUACUAUUUAGCAAGUAAGUUUAUAACAUUAACAAUGAAAAUAAGAAGAUUUUAUUAAAUUAA